AUGUCUGGCGAGGCGUGGUUAUUCCUCCUCGCGGUCCUGCUCAAUGCAGUGAACCUCUUCCUCCAAGUCUUCUUCACCAUCAUGUACUCGGAUCUCGAAUGCGACUAUAUCAACCCGAUUGACCUGUGCAACCGCCUCAACAUGUACAUCAUCCCCGAAGCCGCCGUGCACGCCUUCCUCACCGUGCUGUUCCUCAUCAACGGAUACUGGCUGCCACUGCUGUUGAACUUGCCGCUGAUUCUCGAAAAGCAACAUCUCCUCGACGCGACGGAAAUCUUCCGCAAACUCAACGUCCAUAAGAAGGAGUCUUUUAUCAAGCUGGGAUUCCACCUGUUGAUGUUCUUCUUCUACCUCUACUCGAUGAUUGUGGCUUUGAUCAGGGAUGAAAGCUACGGCGUCCCGCAUCGUCUGCAAAACAAGCCGGUGUGA